CUCCCCUCGUCUCACCUCCUCUCCCCUCCGAGGCGACACGCCCCGGCUCGCUGCCCCGAGUCAAAAGACCUUUAUUUUGGUGAGGGCACAUGGCAUCGCGAGCUCGCCCCCGGUGAUACAGCUGCGCGCGCAGCCACAGGUGGCGUUCAAGGGUGCCACCUUGACGUCUGAAGCGACAGACGACAGACGAGAGACGGAGUGCGGGACCUGCGGACGCAUCAUAGCAACCUCAAGUGCUUCCUGCGUCCACGGAGAGACCUAAACUGAAAACAAAUAAGCAACAACUCCUGCUCUGUUUUGUCCGCGUUUGGGAGGCGGCCGUGGUUCGUGGCCGAGGUGACCCGGGACCUGCUGGGUGCGCAAAGAUUGAACAGGUGGAGAGAGCACCUUCAAUCACUCCUGCGCUCACCUUCGUUGAGUUUUGACAAGUGCCUGUGCUGACCUGAUCACUCAAUGGCGCUGACGGUGAACCUGAUUGGACCCUCACCCUGGGGCUUCAGAAUAUUCGGAGGAAGGGACUUUAAGAAAGCCAUAACCGUAUCUAAGGUCAACGGGGGCAGCAAGGCAGAACAGGCAGACCUGCAACCAGGUGAUGUCAUUUUGGAGAUCAAUGGCGUAAACACGACCGACAUGCUGAACGUGGAGGCCCAGAACAAGAUCAAGAACUCCAAGACCCAUCUGCAGCUGGUGGUGGGGAGAACUGAACCUUCCAGCCCUGGACAGACUAAUGGCAUCAGCACACCCGAACAGCUCACUGGACGCUUCCAGGAGGCAGUAAUAGUGAGUCGAGAUGAGAACCAGAACUACAAAGAAUAUACAAUCUCCAGCCCUGCGUCACUGUCUCCUGGACCUUAUUCGCCGGAUCCUCCCGCCAGCCCCGACAGGAAGAGGGAGAGGCUGACACCCACCAUCAACAAGAGUGUCCAGCUGCGCUCGUGGUCACCAGAGGACAGGAGUCACAGGCUGUCCAGACCAGUGUCACAGGAGUUAUCCCCCGCAGACUACAGAAAUAACUCUGUGUCCAGCAGAACCCCGACCCCUCCAGGACGCUACUCACCCCACAGCCCCAUCGACCGAGAUGUACCCAUGUCUCCCCGACGCAGUUCGAGCUCUGACUUUGCCAUGCAGAGGUUCGACAGGGACUCAGAGGUGUACAAGAUGAUCCAGGAGAAUAAGGAGUCCCGCACGGCGCCUCGUCAGUCCAACACCUUCAAAUUGCUGCAAGAGGUCCUGGAGGCUGAUGAGAAAGAGGCAGCCCUGCGGUUCCCAGGGAAACUUUCGUCCAGUGCCCCAAAACCAAGCACACCAGUGGGAGGAGUCAGCAAACAUCACACCUGUGAGAAGUGUGGCUCCAACAUUGUCACGCAGGCAGUGCGCAUCACGGACGACCGCUACCGCCACCCAGACUGCUACACCUGCACAGAUUGCGGCCUCAACCUCAGGAUGCGAGGUCACUUUUGGGUUGGAGAUGUGAUGUACUGUGAGAAGCACGCCAAAGAGAGGUACCAAGGCCCUGGUAGUUCCCCCCAAGCCACCCUGUCAAAUCGCCAAUGAGUCUUCCACUCCACCCCGUCCCGCUUGGGACGCAGAGUGUCUGCCUUAAGAUCCACCUCAUCUGACUCAGUGACAGACCUUGGAAUGGAGCGCGGAGGUGAACACUGGUCGAUGAUACGGCAGAGGAUGUUCUUUUCUCAUCCAAUAUAACUAUAUUUUGCAAUAUUUUGAUUCACAUUCUUGCCUUUCUUCUAAUUCUAUCAGAAUUGCGGCUUUUGUUUUUCAUAAGACCCGGCCUCCACAGUCUCUUUAGGUUAAUCUCUGCUCUAAUGAUGCACAGCUGCCAUGGACUCGAGCCACAACCCAUUGUACUGAGGCCAGAUUACACAACUACAUCGCUUUAGACCAACUCGGCAGGACUGUCUCUCUCUCUCUCUCUCUCUCGCUCUCUCUCUCUUUCUGAGGAUCUGGAAAAGCAUUUGAAUCUCCUGCCGACACAAAAGGGACCAAAAUCUCACCUACACUGCAUGCCAUUAAAAAAAGAGAGGCAUUGUACGCAGACGGUGCUCUGCGUGGGUAUACAUGGGUGCAUGCGUUCACAUGCAGGACUGUGGUGGCUUCUGCAUACCUUCGCUGUGUGUGUGUGUGUGUGUGUGUGUGUGUGUGUGUGUGUGUGUGUGUGUGUGUGUGUGUGUGUGUGUGUGUGUGUGUGUGUGUGUGUGUGUGUGUGUGUGUGUGUGUGUGUGUGUGUGUGUGUGUGUGUGUGUGUGUGUGUGUGUGUGUGUGUGUGUGUGUGUGUGUGUGUGUGGUUAUCACAAAGCCCUUGAUUUCUUCUCUAUUUCUUUUGUAAGCAGAAUUUAUGAGUAAAAAAGAAAGACAUAUUUGCUGAACCUGAUUGACUGUUUUGAUGCUUAUGAGGGAGAUUCAUUCAAUACACAAUAUUUUUGAUGUUUUUGUGAUUGAACUGUAUUCUAUAAUAUAAACCAUUUAAAAUGCAUAUGCACAGGACAUUAAGUGUGAAAGGAUUUGAUGAUGAUACUACACUUGUCCAGUUACUCAGAGAUUCACUAUAAUGUUCGCAUUUCAAGUGGCACUUAAUAAAAUCGCACAACCUGAA